ACCUUACGCUGGCUGUACGAAUGGAUGUUACUUGAUUCUCCCCUCUCCUUCUGUCGGCUUUAGUUGCCACACCUUCUUGUGAUGACAUCCCCACAGACCACUCCUACCAGAGCCACUUCUUGUAAACAAAGCUAGUCUCUUUAACGUAACUGAACUCCUAGCGUUUGUUGUUUCUGAUCGGAAAAUGGCUGUAGCGGGAUCGGGAGCUGGACUGUUCCUCGACCAGGACCAGUUCAACUGUUCGAUAUGUCUGGACGUCCUGAGAGAACCCGUCACUAUUCCGUGCGGACACAGCUAUUGUUUGGUCUGUAUUAAAGGCUACUGGGACCAGGACGAAUACAUGGGUGUUUACGUCUGUCCGCAGUGUCGCCAGAGUUUUAACCCGAGGCCUCUACUAGGCAGAAACACCAUGCUAGCCGACGUAGUGGACAAGUUCAAAAAGACGGGACUCCAAGCCGCUCCCCCGACGCAGUGCUACGCCGGACCGGAGGAUGUGGAAUGUGAUGUCUGCACUGGGAGAAAGAAUCGAGCAGUCAAGUCCUGUCUGGUUUGUCUGGCCUCCUACUGCGAUACACACCUCCAACCUCACUACGAGUCCGCUGCUUUCAAGAAACACAAGCUGGUCCAGGCCUCGAAGAGUCUACAAGAGACGAUAUGUCCUCGCCACGACAAGCUUCUUGAGGUGUACUGUCGGACCGAUCAGCAGUGUAUCUGCUAUUUGUGUUUAACAGGGGACCAUAAGGGUCACGACACGGUCCUGGCAGAGAAUGAGGUCCAGCAGAAACAGUGCCAGCUGGGGGAGCUGAAAAAGAGAUCCCAACAGAGGAUCCAGGAGAGGGAGAAGGAGGUGCAGGAGUUGAGACAGGCCAUCUGCUCCCUAACGCGUUCUGCUCGUUCUGCGGUCGAGGACAGUGAGAGGGUGUUCACUGAGCUGAUCCGCUCCAUGGAGUUGAAGAGAUUUGAGGUGAGGGAGCUGAUCCGGGCCCAGGAGAAGACUGCUGUCAGCCAUGCUGAAGGACUGUUGGCUGUGCUAGAGCAGGAGAUUGCAGAACUGAGGAGGAGAGAUGCUGAACUGGACCAGCUCUCCCACACAGAGGACCACAUCACCUUCCUACAGAGCUGUCAGUCUCUGAGCUCCUCUCCUGUGAUUGGAGGCCUGCCAACAGUGACCUUUGACCCCAAUUUUACUUUUAACCUGGUGAUGUCAUCGGUAGCUGACUUCAGAGGGCUGUUGGAGGAGGUGUGUCAGGGGAGCUUCGUCAGCAUCUAUGAGAAAGUGAGAGAGGUGUCUAUAGUAGAAUCUCCUGAACCCACUGCCGGUUUCCAGCCUGAAUCAACACAACCAACACAAUUGGGAGAUCCUCCCCAAGCUCCAGCUGCAGUAGAGCAGGGCUCCGGUGGGGUGGGUCUCAACCCGUUCCUGAGUCCCAGAGCUGCAGCCCCAGUCUUCGGCUUCACGUUCUCACCCUUUGGGUCCAAGAUGUCCUCCACUGGGAGUCGACAGAGGAUGCAACGCAGGCCACACCCACGCAGGAAGUAACCAACUUAAGGCCUGCCCUUACAGGAAGUAGCAAAUCAAAGCCCAUACCUUUAUAUGAAGAAAAAAACUGGUCAUUGAGAUGACCACAGAAUCCCCUAGUAUCAGAAACAGUGUUCACACUUGAAUCAUUGUGGGUCGUAUCCUGUCAAACAUGAACAAUUAAUUCAGAAGAUAAUCAGUGUUAUAAACACACAGCAAUACAGUGUUACUUUUUUAAAACUAUUUAAUAUUAAUUUUAACCAGAUUUCUGUAAUUAUAUUUUUUCUCACAUAUGUAAUGAAUUAGUUACCUUAAGUGUGACAAUGAAAUAAAACCAGAUUUUCUUUUUA